CGCAGCAUCACCAGAUGAUGAUGAGAGUGGGUCAUCAGCUGCAGACAGACAGUCAGGUGUGGUCGGUCGGUGGAGACACAUUCCAACCGGAGACUCACUUCACCGGGACUAAAACAACGUCUACCGCGGUCAUCUGCAGACAUGACCCAGCAUCAGAGCACCAAGUACACCUAGAGGAACAAACACCUUUCAAACCUGGGCUAAAGAAGCAAGAAGUGAGCCCUCCUCAUGACAUGAAACAGGCAACGGUUGACUUUUCACCCAACUACCAGAGGAACUGAAGUGACAUUAAAGCAUCAGCUUAAAGGAAUCUCAGCAGAUGUAACCACAACUGAACUGCAGUGCAAAAGGGGAACGUCUCAGUUUCUCGCUUCUUUUUUUUUUUUUUUUUUUUUUAAAGGGAUGGCGUUAAUGAGUGAGCGGUGGAGAAGUUCAGGGCAAUAACUGGCAAUAAGUGAAUUUAUGAUCAGUUGUCGAGUCACCCGUUCAUUUGGCUGUCAGAGCAACAACCAUAAAAUGCCAAAUCCCCCUCUCAUGCAGCCUUACAUGUGUGGCUUUCAGUGUUAAAAAUGUAUAGACUUCUGUGAAGACGCUCCAUUCAAUGUGGGUCUGCAUCCAAAGGAAAAGGAGGGAGUGUCCACGCUGCACUGACAGAGCUGUGAAUGUAAAAAAAAAUCAUUGAGUGUGUGUGUAAAAAUCGAUGAGUCGUCACAAGUUGGAAAUCCCCUGCUGGAGUGUCUCUGGGUGGAACUGGAACUAAGGUGGAACCACGCGGCCGCUCUCAGCCGUCAAGCAUGAAUCAUAAAUGCAGAAAUCUCCAGAAACGCUUAGUUUUCUGCCGGCUGCUGUGGAUUCACUGUGAAUCCAGAGGAGAAUGAUGUGAACGUCUGAACUGCAACUCAGGAUCAACCAAAAACUAAAAAGUGCAGAAAUUCAACUGGAAUGUCCCCGUAUUGGCACAGGAAUGCCUGUGAUUUUUGGACAAACUCUUGUGCUGCUGUGAGCUCGUAGCAUUGGGAGGUGGAAAAAACACAAACACUGGGGAGAUCAGGAAUAUCACCUCCUCCUAUGAAACUGAUUUUACUUGGAAAUACAGUGAGAGGCCUUCCAAAUGGCGGGGAAGGACUACAAUCAUCUCUUUAAACUGCUCAUCAUUGGAGACUCCAAUGUGGGGAAGAGCAGCCUUCUGCUCCGCUUUGCAGACAGCUCCUUCUCUGGCAGCUACAUCACCACCAUCGGUGUCGACUUUAAGAUCCGAACAGUAGACAUCGAUGGAGAGCGGGUUAAGCUACAGAUCUGGGACACGGCGGGGCAGGAGAGAUUCAGAACCAUCACAUCAACGUACUACAGAAACACCCACGGUGUCAUCAUUGUUUACGACGUAACAAAUCCAGAGUCGUUUGUAAAUGUUAAGAGGUGGUUAAAUGAAAUCUCCCAGAACUGUGACAACGUCUGCAAGAUCCUGGUGGGAAACAAAAAUGACGACCCUGCCAGGAAACAGGUGGAUACCCAGGAUGCUCUGCGUUUUGGGGAGUCGAUGGGUGUUCGGGUGUUCGAGACCAGUGCCAAAGAGAACAUAAACGUAGAGGAGAUGUUCAUGGCCUUCACCCACAUGGUGCUCCGGGCCAAGAAGCAGAGCCAGAACAGAGCCGAGAGGGAACGAGAGCGGGAGAAAGACACCGUCAACAUCAACGCCCAGAGAGACCGAGACCGCAGGAAGAGAGGGAAGAAAUGCUGCUGAGCCCCGAACAGACUCCAGCCACUUAGCGCUCAUCGCUUAAAACAAAAAGCAUUCAAACAAGAUUGGGAAAACGUGCCUUAGUUAGGAGAUAUGUGUUCUGUGUUUCAAACUGGAGGUGUGAAUGUUUGAAACUGUGAGGUUCACUAUUUACUACGCCGGGUUACAAACCGACAGGUCGUUCUGCUGAACUUCUGGUCGUGAAUGGAACCGAGGCGGAGGGAUUUACAGUCUGUCAGCACUGACUGCGUGUAGCAGCCUGGAGGUUUCAUGAGUUAAAGGAUCAUUCUGGGGUUUUUGAGUUUUUAGCCCAUUUACUGCGAAUCACAUUUUAAAAGCAUGCUGUAGCGUUUCAGAUUUGUGCUUCGCUGGCAGUGAUGGAGACAUCUCUGCAACCAACUUCCCAGAUUACCGUUUAACAUGUUUGUUGAUAUUCAUGCUCCCCAGAGCAGUGACCCAUAACCUUUUCAUUAGUGCACAAAUACAAGAAGUCUAUCGGACAGGUUGCCAUGAGAUCUAGAGCACAUUCACAUAAACGUUUGAUUUGAUUGAGUUCAUGAUCUUUUAGCCCGACUACCUGUAAGGUUCCAAGAAUGACUUCAUUAUUUUGUCCUGUUCAUUACAGGACUGCAAAUAACAACUCUUUUCAUAAUCUAUUAAUCUGCUGAUUUAUUUUCUUGAUUUAUCUAUAAAACACCAGGAAAUGGUGAAAAGUACCCGUCACAAUUCCAAAAGUGAUGCUACCAGAUGUUUUGUUCGUUAGCUUUGAAAGAGCCCUUUAUAACUACAUAGGAAGCGGGUCCUCUUCACAGAGUCCGCCAUGUUGCACCACCAUGUUUCUACAGUAGCCCAGAACGGACAAACCAAACUCUGUUAACGUUUCCUGCUUGGGCCGGAGGUGAUAACGUUGCUUGCUGCCGCCGUCGCCGCCGCUCUCUCUCUCUCUCUCUCUCUCUUGCUUCACCACUUACUUCCUACGUACACACACUCCAAAUGACCUACAACUGGCUCUAGAGAGGGACAUUCACGUUUAUUUGGGCAGAUGCCAUGAAAUUUAGUGAGCCUAUUCUUCCCCAGAGGAUGAACCUCAUGACCUUUCCUUUAGUGCUAUCCUCGAGACAAACGUCUGUAUUGUAUUUGUGUAGGGUGGGAUGAACACCGCAGCAUUUCGUCCCGGCAGCCAACAGUUUCACCUUUAAAACAUGACACCUGGCUUGAGACAAUCCAUCACACAACAUGAUGCAAAAGUGAAAAGACCGCACUUCAUUUCCACAAAGAAGAAACAACUGGAAGUCAUAGCAGACAUGAUGUAAACUAAAUUAACUUUCAGUCUCUGCAAGAUGAUUUUAAUAUUGUAGUGGUACAAAUAGAAAACGACUCAUUCCUGAAGGUUUAUAAAAUCCAUUAAAUUAAAAACACAACAAUCUGCGUUGUGGUGUUGAGAUAUAAAGUGCAUGUGAUUGUGGUGAAUGAGCUCAAACAUAAAAAAAAACCUCUAGUACGGUCCUUUAACUUUGCACUAGUGAACCACUGUUAUGUGCCGAUGUUUAAGUUGUUUUGUUUUGUCUUAAUACAGUAAACAUAUUUCACCACUGAAAGGGAACUGGUUGCAGUUGUUCCUAAAUUGUAACCUUGACACACUAACAGGUGUGAAGAGUGAUGUCCCAUGUCUGUCUGAAAGCCUUAUUUCAAUUCAGAUGAGGCCAGUAACCCGAGACUACAGUAUGUGUGUAACCUCAACACAGUACAAACCCAACAUGUUCAUAUCAUUAGUAUGUUGUUGUUGUUUUUUUUAAUAUAAAUAUCUGUUGCCUAGCAAAUGUGUCCAAAUCCAAAUAAAGCAAUAAAUCCAGA